GUUGCGUCAUCGGGCGCCGGGCGCGCAGGGUCAUUCUCUGCGUGGCCGGCUUCGGGUGCGGUCGGACGUUGCGUGCGCUGCUUGGUGGAUCUUCGGCCAUGGCUUCUGCUGGGACUCACCCUUCUCCCGCCGCGGCCCUUCCGCUCGCCUCGGCGCCACCGCCUCCUCAGCCCGCUCCUUCCCUCCCGGCGGGGAUUCUGAUCGGGGACCGGCUCUACUCCGAGGUCUCGCUGACCAUCGACCACUCGCUCAUCCCCGAGGAGCGCCUCUCGCCGACGCCUUCCAUGCAGGACGGGCUGGACCUCCAGAGCGAAACCGACCUGCGCAUCCUGGGCUGCGAGCUCAUCCAGGCCGCAGGCAUCCUCCUCCGACUGCCCCAGGUGGCCAUGGCGACCGGGCAGGUCCUGUUUCAUCGCUUUUUCUAUUCCAAGUCCUUCGUUAAGCAUAGCUUCGAGAUUGUUGCCAUGGCCUGCAUCAAUCUUGCCUCCAAAAUUGAAGAAGCACCUCGUCGCAUAAGAGAUGUGAUAAAUGUUUUCCAUCACUUGCGCCAGUUAAGAGCUAAAAGGACUCCCAGCCCAUUGAUACUUGAUCAGAACUACAUAAACACCAAAAAUCAAGUAAUCAAAGCAGAAAGAAGGGUGCUGAAGGAAUUGGGAUUUUGUGUUCAUGUCAAGCAUCCACAUAAGAUUAUUGUUAUGUACUUGCAAGUCUUGGAAUGUGAACGUAAUCAAACCCUCGUCCAAACCGCUUGGAAUUAUAUGAAUGACAGCCUUCGAACGAAUGUUUUUGUCCGAUUUCAGCCAGAGACAAUAGCAUGUGCUUGUAUCUAUCUUGCUGCUAGAGCUCUGCAAAUUCCUUUGCCUAACCGUCCCCAUUGGUUUUCACUUUUUGGGACUACUGAAGAGGAUAUUCAGGAGAUAUGUUUAACAACACUUAAGCUUUACACUAGAAAGAAGCCAAACUAUGAAUUACUUGAUAAAGAAGUAGAAAAAAGAAAAAUGGCAUUACAAGAAGCAAAAUUAAAAGCCAAAGGACUAAAUCCAGAUGGAACCCCGGCUCUUUCAACAUUGGGAGGCUUUUCACCUGCUUCUAAGCCCUGUUCUCCAAGAGAAAUGAAAACAGAGGAGAAAUCGCCAGUGUGUAUCAAUGCAAAAACUAUAAAAAAGGAACCAGAAGAUAGACAGGUGGUUUCUAAGAGCCCUUAUAAUGGUAUGAGAAAAGAGAGCAAAAGAAGUAGAAGCAGCAGAAGCGCUAGUCGAUCAAAGUCAAGAACAAAAUCACGGUCCAGAUCCCAUUCUCCAAGGAGGCAUUACAACAACAGGCGGAGUCUCUCUGGAACCUACAGCUCGAGAUCCAGGAGUCGGUCCCGUAGUCACAGCGGCAGCCCUCGAAGGCAUCAUAAUCACGGGUCACCGCUUCUGAAACCCAAACAUAGCAGAGAAGAGUUGAAAGGCAUGAAUAGACAUGGUCACAAAAGGAAAAAGUCCCGUUCCCGUUCUCAGAGCAAGUUGAGGGACCACUCAGAUGUGGCCAAGAAGCAUAGGCACGAGCGAGUGCACCACCGGGAAAGGCGGGAACGGUCACGCUCCUUUGAGCGGUCCCAUAAGGGCAAGCACCACAGCGGGAGUCGGUCCGGACACAGUCGGCACAGACGCUGACGGGGAACUGCUGCUUCUUCAUUUGGCUUGGAUAUUAUAAUACAGUGUAUGGAACUGCUUGAAACUUGAAGUCAAUUAGGAUUUGAUUUGAAGCCCAACACCUUCAACAUGUAGGACAUUUUUAAAGAAAUGUGUUGAAUUUUUUGCACAUAAAAUACCUUAGCAGUAUCAUAUUGAUUAAAAAAAAACGAUCAGGUUAAAUUGUUUGUGUUUAGAAUUGUUGUCUCAAUAUGAAAACUGGAGAAUCUGUUUCUGUACAAAUGUAUCUUAUUUUUAUACAAACAUACUGCAGACAUUUCUAUUUAAGUAUAGUUAUUUGUUUAAAAUAAUGGGUGGAUACUUUCUUACACUGGUUUUAGUCUGCAUGUGUAAUUUUUUUUACAAGAAAUAAAAUAUACAACUGUUUUUGCUAUCUGCUGCAUACUUUAUUAAAUUACCUGACAUAAAGAUAAGUUUCCAAUAUAAAUUGCUCAAUUAAAAAUGCUGAACUGUGAAA